GGGGAGAGAUGGAUAGCAAGCAAGGGAGGGAGAGAGGGAGUGGGAGGAGGAGGAGGAGGAGGAGAGGGAGCCCAACGACCAUUUAAAGCGAUAGCAAUCCCUGCCCUCUCCCCAGUGCUUGGCUGUUGGAGAGCGCGAGCCGCAAGCCAGGGAACCAGGAGCGCAAGCUGGUGCGCGGGCCAGCAGAUCCUCAGUGCUAGGUGCCAAAGACUAGCUGACGCCCUGGGACCCCCCUCAACCUUUCCUGCUGCACCUCCUCGGUCUCCUCCACCCUCUGUGCCUACAGAAGUCCCGGGCUUCCCCCAAAGGAGCUCACCUCGAGAAGCCCGUACCUAGGAGAGUCCACCAGCAUCCCCUCCAGAGCCGCCGCCGCUACCGCAGCUGCAUCCGGAGCGGCAUGGUCCAGCUGGGGAAGCUGCUCCGCGUCCUGACUUUGAUGAAGUUCCCCUGCUGCGUGCUGGAGGUGCUCCUGUGCGUGCUGGCGGCGGCGGCGCGCGGCCAGGAGAUGUACGCCCCGCACUCGAUCCGGAUCGAGGGGGACGUCACCCUUGGGGGGCUGUUCCCAGUGCACGCCAAGGGUCCCAGCGGAGUGCCCUGCGGCGACAUCAAGAGGGAGAAUGGGAUCCACAGGCUGGAAGCUAUGCUUUAUGCCCUGGACCAGAUCAACAGCGAUCCCAACCUGCUGCCCAACGUAACGUUAGGCGCGCGGAUCCUGGACACUUGUUCCAGGGACACUUAUGCGCUCGAACAGUCGCUCACUUUCGUCCAGGCGCUUAUCCAGAAGGACACCUCCGACGUGCGUUGCACCAACGGAGAGCCCCCGGUUUUCGUCAAGCCAGAGAAAGUAGUUGGAGUGAUUGGGGCUUCGGGGAGCUCCGUCUCCAUCAUGGUAGCCAACAUCUUGAGGCUUUUCCAGAUCCCUCAGAUUAGUUAUGCAUCCACUGCUCCUGAACUCAGUGAUGACCGGCGAUAUGACUUCUUCUCUCGAGUGGUCCCACCUGAUUCCUUUCAAGCACAGGCCAUGGUAGACAUUGUAAAGGCCUUGGGAUGGAAUUAUGUGUCUACUCUUGCAUCUGAAGGAAGCUAUGGAGAGAAAGGUGUGGAGUCCUUCACACAGAUUUCCAAAGAGGCAGGUGGGCUCUGCAUUGCCCAGUCCGUGAGAAUUCCCCAAGAACGCAAAGACAGGACCAUUGACUUUGAUAAAAUUAUCAAACAGCUCUUGGAUACCCCCAACUCCAGGGCCGUCGUGAUUUUUGCCAACGAUGAGGAUAUAAAGCAGAUCCUUGCAGCAGCCAAAAGAGCUGACCAAGUAGGACAUUUUCUCUGGGUUGGGUCAGAUAGCUGGGGUUCCAAAAUCAACCCACUGCAUCAGCAUGAAGAUAUUGCAGAAGGAGCCAUCACCAUCCAGCCUAAGAGAGCAACUGUGGAAGGUAUGUGUUUUGACACCAGUGGAGUGUAUGAAGAGGGGUGCUACAUGGUGUUGGGUGACCCAAACUAA